GUUGACUGCAGCAGGGCUUCUGAUUUGGACUCAGGUUCUUCCUGCUGAUCUAGAGGGAGCCAUACAUCCCGUGCUGCUGUGGCUAUCAUGUUAACUCAUGCAUAAUUUGAAAAGAAAAUGAAGUAUCACCUGUACCUGUGUACAUUCCUUGCUGGUCUUUGUGUUGUCACACAAUGUCACCGUGGAAAAGCUUGCCAUGAAGUCAAUAAUACAAAUCUACGUGAUGGAACAGAAAAUUUAUUAAAGCAUAACUGCCAAAAGCAAGGCUCCACAUAUACAGAUUUUGCAUUUAGAUUUUACAAGCAGGCUAUAUCAAAAGAAGCUGAUAAAAACAUUUUCUUUUCUCCCAUAAGCAUCUCUACUACCUUUGCCAUGUUAGCUGUUGGUGCUAAGUCAACCACCCUGACCCAGAUUUUUGAAGGACUGGGCUUUGACAAUCUGACUGAGACUCGCAUACAUGAUAUACAUGAAAGUUUUUAUAAAGUUUUAGCAGUACUGAACUGUACUGAUGUUAACAUCACGUUAAAUAUAGGAAAUGCCCUUUUCCCAGCUAUUGGUUAUGAACCACAGGAGACAUUUUUACAAAAUGUCCAGCAAUUUUAUGAUGCAGAUUUUUUUUCUACUGAUUUUCAUAAACCUGAAGAAGCUAAGUUGCAAAUCAACAACUAUGUAAAGGAGAAAACCCAGGGGAAAAUUCCUGAAUUAAUUGCUCGUCUUGAUGCAAAUACUAUACUGGUUCUUGUUAACUACAUUUAUUUUAAAGCUGCCUGGGAAAAGCCUUUUGAUUCUGAAAAUACCUAUGAGGAUGAUUUUUUUGUGAGUGCAAAUGAACGUGUUAGAGUUAACAUGAUGCAGCAUGAGAAUGACUACAACAGAUACUAUGACCAGGAUCUCUCUUGUGAGGUGGUAGAACUGCCUUACAAGGGCACUGCACAAGCAUUGCUCAUUCUGCCUGAUGAUGGAAAGAUGAAACAAGUGGAAAAUGCUCUUUCCAAGGAAACAGUUUGCAACUGGUUUAGCAAAUUUGAAACCAGAAGAUUACAUCUGUACUUACCAAGGAUUUCCAUUAGUGGGUCUUAUGAUGUCAAAGAUUUGUUCAUGGAAAUGGGCAUUACUGAUGUAUUCUCUAGUAAUGCUGAUCUGUCUGGAAUUAGUGGCAGUCGUACGCUCCAGGUUUCACAAGUCAGCAGAUCUCCCAUUCUUACUGCAGAGGAGCACUGGGGCUCAAUCUUGCUGACCUGCAUACCAAACUCUUCUUUGUGCAGUUACAGACCCAAGGAGAGUCUGACGCCUGCUUUGACAGCUGUUCUCCCACUUCUUCACUACACCCUUUGAUUCAUGCCCAUUGCAUAGUGGCCCUAGAUAGACAUUUUGCAAGUGGAGGUUAGUCCCUGGCCCUGAGAAAACGAUGCUCUAGAAUGUGCAUUGCUCAGUUCUACAGUUGUUCUGGGAAUGUUCUGCAAGCACUGAGAAGGCAAUGCAAGCCUCACAUCAAUGCCCAUCAUUAAUGUGGCACUGACCUUCUGAACUGUACUCAAGAACUUGGUCCAGCCUCAGAGGUGCUUUAUUGGGACCCAUGUGCUACAGUGUCUGUAGCAUGGACUUAGUGUAUGGGGGGCAGCUAUGCUUUCAACUCAAUAGACUUGGAGGCUCCUAUCUUGUUUGGAAAGAGGAGUCCUGUUGCUCCAAGCAGCAAGAACUCCAUGGAAGCCCUGAGCUAUUGCUUAUGCUGAAGUGAUACCAUCACUCAGUGGACUGGGAGAUAGUAAAAGCAGCAGCUUUUACAGUGUUGAGAUCAAAGAUAACUUGCUAUAGUGUGAGGUAGCCUGCUCUGCAAUGUCUAUAUGAACUCAAAAGGAUCUGGGAGCAGUUCCAGUGAGAUCCCACCCUGAUAAAUUGGUGCACCAGCACUGAUUACAAGGCAGGACGAUGAGAUUUUUAUCAGAGCAGGGUGGUAGAAAAACAGGUUUCAGACCUAUUGCUAAAGAGAAAGAGGUUAGAAAAAUCCCACGGUUGCUGGGAUAGAGGAGAGACUUCAGGAAAUAACACAUGGAGCAAUUUCCUGCCCCAUUUGCCUCCCAGGCCUUUGCUUUUGAGAAAGGAAACAAGGACCUGUAGGAAGAGGGCUACACUGGGAGCUUUCACACUGGAGUGAGAGGAAUAGGGCACUCCACUGCUCCUGUCAAGACUCUGGCUUCCUAUUGAGAAGCUUUGAAUGCUGGGUUUGGGAAGCAUCUAUCAGCACAUGGGGCAUCACCACAACUUUCUUCCAGUUGAGAAACUUCACAACCUAGAGCAGCAGGUUGGCCUGAGCAGUUACCGGACUGGGGAGUGGGAAUAGAGAUUGUCACAAUUUUUUUUUGCCAGGAUAGGAUGUGGAGAGAACAGGAAACAAACAAGUCAUUUGCCAUAUGUAUGAAGAAGGAACACAAAUACCUAUAACUUACAAUGUGAGCAUUCAUAUAGCCUGGAUGCUAAACACACCUGGCUGGUGUUAUUCACAGCAAAGACCUGAGGAUGUUCUUUAAGAGUAGAAAUAAUUCUGUCAACUUUUUAUGAAGAGAGGGGUCAUUUUGUCCUAAUUCACAGGAAACCUGAUCAUAUCUGUCUGCCCUGUAUCAUUUGUCCUUGUUGCUUUUGUCUGUCUUAAUGGGUGAUAUGGGACACUCUUCUUCAUGUUAUCUAAUUAUAUCAGUGGUAGAGAAAGAAACAGGGUAUUCUGACAGACAGGUAAAAAUUUCCAUUUAAGGGCUGUAUACCCAUUUUAUCUGUGGUAGGUACAUGUAUUUUAUGGAGUCUUUCAUUUAUCUGUAGGUAAGUCUAUUAAAUUUCUUUUAUCUUCCAGUGCAACAAAACCAGAAUUCAUUAGUAUGGCUCAAUCUCACAUUCAUUCCUACAGUCUAGGCAAUAGCUGGAACUAGACCAAACCCAGAAUGAUACAUAGAACUUCUGUACACCCUACAAAGUAUCAUUCACUUGAUUUCCUGAAGUGACAGUCAGUAGAAGGGAAAGUACAUCUUACAGUGUCCCUACAAUACCCACCCAAGACAAAUGAUCUUCUGCAGGUCUAUUACUCUGACCUGACAUACUUACAGGAAGACCAAAGAAAAAAGACUUAAAUAAAGAGAGCUUAGAGUCAUUGCAAGGGAAGAUUGACCCACUGGUCUAAACCCCCGAAAAACAGCCUAGCUGUGUGUAGGCAGACCUUAGUGCCAAGAUUCUCCUGGCAGUCUCUAAGUCUUGUGGGGAGACAGUAAAUUAGUUCUGUCUGACCUUGUUUGCAGUCUACUGGGGUUGUUUGCUGAUGGGAUAGUUUCUGUCAGUUUCUGCUCUGUUUACAUUGCCCUGUGGCAGAGUUUAUGAAAUAUGUAGUCAUAAGCCACUAAGCAGAGUGAUUUUAGGCCUAAUGCUGUCCAAUGCUUUUCUAACUUUCACCGGUAGGGAAAGAAGUUGAUCCAAUUCCAAAAGGCAUGAAGAAAUCAGAUAAUCACAGGAACAUCAGCUGAUUGAAUAAACCCUGCUACUUAGAUGCCAGAGUAUUUUGGAUUUUUAUUUCUUCAUAGAAUCGUAGAAUCAUAGAAGCAUAGAACCGUAGAACCACAAAAUCAUAGAACGGUUUGGGUUGGAAGGGUUCAUUAAAGACCAUCUAGUUCCAACCUCCUGUCAUAAACCAGGACACCUUCCAGUAGAUUAUGUUGCUCAAGAUUGCAUUCAGCCUGACACAGAGAAGCGAUUUUAGCUUAAACCUUGUUCUUCAGAGAACCCUCCCAUGAGUAGGCUCACCAGCUCUCUUCCUGAAGCUACAUCAUCAGUUCGGCCCUUGGCCGUUGUUACUGUUCCAAGGAAAUGGAAAUUUAGCCAGAAGCAAGCCAAUCCAAUUCUGUUUCAGCAGAUUAAGUAGAAUAAAACAAGCAGGAUUUUUUUUUCUCUUUACUGAGAAUCAUUUCAAGUAGAGAAUAGUUAAGUUCUUAAGAAUCAGUUGCUUCUGAUAUUUCCUGGGAAGUGUGUUUUCUGACUGUAGAUUCUCAGAACCAGGCAUGCUUAUAUGGCAGCUACAGGACAUUCUGUGACUCAUGGCCCAACUCAUCUUGUACAUGAGUCUAAGUGGCUUUUGGAGGUCUGAAGAAAAUUCAUAGCAGUGUUAAUCCUUAAGAAAGCUUUGAAGUCUAGUCUACAAAGCACAGAGGCACUGGAGUUUCUCAGUGGAAAAGAAGUAUGAGAGAAGUAUGAGCAUUUUAAAAUGCAAAUAUUUCCCUAAAAACAAAAUAUUCACUAUGGUGGGUAUAAAUUUUGAAGAAGGAAAGGAGCAUGAAGACCAACACGGACUAUAUAACUUUCAGUCCUGCGACACUUCUCCUAGCAGUCUCUGUUGUGUAAUACGUCUCUACCCUUACCCCCAUGGCGCUGCUAUGAUUAGAUAUAAACUGAUUGCACA